UUUAUUAAGAACGCAGAGAUGCCUAUAUUGUGUAGGCCGAAUAUCCGGCAUUAACCAUUAUGUUCUUGGUUUUGCGGUGGUAGCCUAUUUUGGGGCUCAGCUGAAUGUGCUCGUGACUGCCAAACAACGGCACAAACUCAGCUGAUUUGUUUCAUUUCCCCUCUCUUGUUUGAGAGUUUAAAAAAGUGCAUGGGAAGAGUUAAGACCAUAUCCGACUGUUGUUUUGUUUGACAGACGUUGUCAGUGUUACCUCAGGAGUCAACAGGGAAUUAUGAAGUGGCGGCAGCAAGCAGGAGGGACGCAGGCUUACCCUGCCUGACCCUGGACUUCGAUCUCCUGAGCCGGACCUCACAUCCCCCUGUUUUGCACUUCCAUGUCAGACGGCUGUCUCACAUAUGGAUGUCCAGGGCUACAAAUGGAUCUGCUGGCGAGUGUGGCUGUGCUACAUUGGAGCAGUCCUUUCCCUGGGCCUCCUGCUGUUGCUGUUCAAGUGGCGUCCACGGUGGGGGGUGCUGGCUCGCUGUCGGCAGUGUCCACUGCCCAUGGCAGACAUCAUACUCCUAAGAGAUGACUUUGGGGAGCAGCAUGUCCUGACAGUGCUCACUGAGGAGGUUGAUGAGGAAGGCCUGGGCCAGACGACUGGAGAGGGCAAUGAAUAUGAGUGGAGAGAUACAGUGCAGCUGCACAAGGAGGAGAAGUUGCUGCUCCGGUACUACAUGUUUCAAGGCAUCCGCUAUGUAUGGAUGGUCAGGAAGGGAGCUUUCUGCAAAGUCAGUGUCCUGAAUGAUGACUGGUCCUGUGCUGAACUGCACCAGAUGCAGCAGGGACUGAGCUGCCAAGAGCAGAGCAGCAGGAGGAAGGUGUACGGCCAGAACCUUAUUGAUGUCCCUGUGAAAUCCUAUCUGCAGCUGCUCUUUGAGGAGGUGCUCAACCCGUUCUACAUGUUUCAGGUCUGCAGCAUCAUCCUGUGGAUGUCAGACAAAUACUAUUACUAUGCAGCCUGCAUUUUCAUCAUCUCUCUUAUUUCCAUUGCCAUCUCUCUGUAUGAGAUACGCAAGCAAAGUACUACUCUGCACAAAAUGGCCCAGCUAAUUGUACCUGUGACCGUACGGAGAAACACAGGAGAGGAGGAGAGUGUGAGCUCUGUAGACCUGGUGCCAGGGGACUGUAUAUUGAUCCCACCGGAGGGGCUGCUCUUGCCCUUUGAUGCUGCCCUGCUGGCCGGGGAGUGCAUGGUAAAUGAAAGCAUGCUGACCGGUGAGAGCAUACCUGUGAUGAAGACUCCGCUGCCUGCGGCCGGGGAGAGGUACUGUACGGAAGCCCAGCGGAGACACACGCUCUUCUGUGGCACACAGGCCAUUCAGGCCAAAGGGGGCUGCCCUGGGGGAAGAGGGGCUCUCGCUGUCGUCGUUCGCACAGGGUUUUUCACAGCCAAAGGAGAUCUGGUUAGUUCCAUUCUCUACCCACAGGCAAUUAACUUCCGCUUCUACCGGGAUGCCAUUAAGUUCCUGCUGCUUCUGGGAGUGCUAGCUUUGGGGGGCACAAUUUAUAGCAUAGUGAUGCUGAGUUUGAGCAAUGCCACCGUGGUUGAGAUUGUGAUUCGCUCGCUGGACAUUGUGACCAUAAUAGUGCCACCAGCUCUUCCUGCAGCCAUCACCACGGGAACCAUCUACGCCCAGAGCCGGCUGAAGAAACAGGGCAUCUUCUGUAUCAGCCCACCCCGCAUCAACGUCUGUGGGAAGGUCUCCCUGUUCUGCUUUGACAAGACCGGCACGUUGACCGAGGAAGGUCUGGAUGUGUGGGGCGUGAUGGAAGCCACAGGCAACACCUUCUCAGAACUGGUUCCAGACCCACGUCUCCUUCCCCCAGGACACAUGCUCACCAGCCUGGCCUGCUGUCACACUGUGGCCCUGCUGGGAGGACAGCAACUGGGAGACCCUCUGGAGCUCAAAAUGAUCGAGUCCACCGGUUGGGAGCUGGAAGAGCCUGAGGGGGAAGAUGAGCGGGCGCAUGCAGAGUUUGGGGGCCGCAGAGUGCUGGCAGUGAUGAGGCCCCCUCCUCAGGAGCUGCUUCCCCAGGACAUUUCCAUGAGUCAGGCAGUGGCCAUUAUCCAGCGCUUCCCCUUCUCCUCGGCACUGCAGCGUAUGAGUGUGAUCACGGUGGCCCCCGGAGGCCAAGUGGCCGCUGCCUUUCUCAAAGGGGCCCCUGAAAUGGUAGCCAGCCACUGCAUCCAGGAAAGCAUGCCUGCUGAGUUCUCUAGCACCCUGCGUAGUUUUGCCAGUGAGGGCUUCAGGGUCCUAGCACUUGCCUACAAGCCACUUGAUGAAAAGACAGACCUAAACUCCAUGUCACGGGACAAAGUGGAGAGAGAUAUGUGUUUCCUAGGUCUGCUGGUGAUGAAGAACCAGGUGAAGCCUGAGAGCCCAGAAGUCAUCAGCAUUCUUCGUCAGGCCAGACUACGGACUGUCAUGGUAACAGGUGACAACAUUCUCACUGCGGUGAACGUGGCUCGAAGUUGUGGCAUGGUGGCCUCCCACGAGAAGGUGAUCUUUGUCCAUGCCUCGCCCCCUACUGGUCAGUCGCCAGCAGUGCUGAAGUUUCAUCUUGGAGAGGGAGGGGUGGAGGCGGACGCAUCACAACAAGAAGCAAUGGACGUUCUCUCCCAGGGGCUUUACCAGAGUGGUGUGAGCUAUCACCUCGCUGUCAAUGGAAAGUCCUUCUCUGCCUUGUGCGACUUCUUUCCUGAGUAUAUGCCCAAGGUUUUGAUGAGGGCCACUGUUUAUGCACGCAUGGCUCCUGACCAGAAGACACAGCUGGUGACUGCACUUAAGCAACUCAACUACAGAGUGGGUAUGUGUGGGGAUGGAGCCAAUGACUGUGGAGCUCUUAGAGCGGCUGACGUAGGAGUGUCCCUCUCGGAGGCGGAGGCGUCUGUGGCAUCUCCCUUCACAUCAAAAACUGACAACAUAAGCUGCGUGCCUCUGCUGAUUCGAGAAGGGAGGUGUUCGCUUGUGACAUCCUUCAGUCUCUUCAAGUACAUGGCAUUGUACAGUCUGAUCCAGUUUGCCUCGGUCCUUAUCCUCUAUACAGUAAAAACAAACCUGGGUGACCUACAGUUCCUUUUCUUUGACCUGGCUCUGGUCACGCUCCUGGCCAUUGUGAUGGGGAAAGGAGGCCCUAGCAACGAGCUCCACCCUCAACGGCCCCCGGCCAGCCUGUUUGCUCUGCCGGUUGCACUAAGCCUCCUGCUGCACACGCUCUUUCUGAUUCUCACUCAGGUGGCAGCUCUGCUCAUCACAUACUCUCAGAGCUGGUUUGUUCCACUAAACUCCACCUUGGCAGGAGCAGCAAACUUGCCAAACAUGGAAGACACAAGUGUCUUUGCAGUGUCAGGGUUUCAAUACAUCUUCAUCUCCAUCAUUGUGACUAAGGGAUACCCUUACAAAAAGCCACUGUACACCAAUGUGUUGUUUGUGUUCCUGCUGCUCAUCUUGUUCGCUGCAAUGUUUUUGUUGCUGCUGUUCCCGUUGACCAUCCUUCACCGGAUAUUACAGCUCUAUGAAAUCACUGACAUGAACUACAAGCUGCUGCUGCUGGCUUUGGUUGCACUCAACUUCUUCACUUGCUACCUGCUAGAGGUUUUGAUAGACCAUGGUGUCCUGAACUGCCUCCGUACACGAGGACAGCACAUGUCCAAAAAGCAAUACAAACGCCUUGAUAACCUCCUAUCCGAGAGUCCAUCUUGGCCUCCCCUGGACCAACCACUGUCUUCACCACAGUGCACAGUCAUUGGGCUUAGCUAGCAUUCACUUCAGACCGGUCCUUUCCAUUGAUCACUUUGAGCCAAAAUUGGAUCUGUUAUCAUGUAACACAUGGCCAGGGAACCAGGUCCUAUAAAGACGCCUAUUAUAUAAGGCACAGUGGAAUGUUGAAACACACAGAUGCAUGCAUAACCCACAAGCUGUUAUUUGUAUGGUGCUGUGAUGACCGUACUACUAUGUGAAAAGGUAAAACAUGUAUUAAGUAAUGUGCAAUAAAGGCGUUUUGUUUUUUACUAA